GUCUAAAUUUCCCGCCAUGUAAAAUAUGUAAAAUAUCUUUUGCUAAAUUUAUUGCUGCAAAAUAGCACGUCAAGAACGAUACUGGACUUGUAAAUUUGUGUCAUGAUUAAAGAUGGUUGGAAGAAGCAAGAGACCUUAUGUGACAACACCGAAAGAGACAGAGCCUGCAAGUGAUGAAGAUAUUGUUUGUCAUGAUUUCCCUGUAAGACAAAACAGGAAAGGUAAAGCAGCUACAAAGUUAAAUAUGAAAAAGAAGAAAUUUGAAGAAAAAAUAAAUGAAUUUGCUGGGUUUGAUGUGGACGAUGCAUCUGAAGAUGAGAAAAGACAGAUUAGGGAGGCAAUUCUUGCAUCAACAAAAGACCAUCAACCACACAGUUUGAAACAACAGAGUUGUGAGGGUAUAAAUGGAUCAGAUCACAGAUCAUAUUCUUCGCAGAAAACGGAGUCCCCAACCAGUGAUGUUAUAGAAAUAAACAGUGAAGAGGACAUGCCUUUGAAGGGCAAUACAACUCCCAGGAGCAGCAUGCAAGAGUCUGCUGUACAAGAUGAUGAUGAUGCAACACAGCCACCUUCUGAUAUGGAAGAAAAUGACUUUGUCUUAAAUUUGGAUCAACCAACAUUAGACGAGUCUAGGGAGGAGGUUUCGGACAACGAGUCUAAAUGUAUAGAAGAUAUUGAUAUUACAUUGAAAGAUGAUGACUGUAUAGAGGAUAUUGAGGAAUGUCAAGAUGAUAAAGCAGUAGAUGAAAUCACUGUGGCUACAAAGAGGAAUAAGAAUAUAAAACCAGGAGUAUCUGAAAUGGAACACCAAGAGGAAGAUAUGUACAUGUCUGACACUGUUACUGAAGACGUGACUAGCAAAAUGCCAGGAGAAUCAGAAGGUUUUGCUGCAGAUAUGGAUAAAGAUGAUGAUGCUGAAUACAUUGUACAAAUAGAUGAUCAGUGUAACGAGUCUCAGCCUUCAAAAUACAGGCAUAGGGCAAGGAGAUCUGGUUCCCACGAAUCAUUGAAGCAGUCAAACUCAGAGAAAAAGGGAAACAGUUCUUCUCAGAAAUCUUCAUCAGAUGGAAGCUUGCAUUCUUUGAAAGACGCAGUCACAUCAUUCGGAUCAAAAUCAAGAUCUAGGACACCAAGUAGACAAAGUUCAAGAUCAAAUAGCCAGAAUAGUGAGAUUGAAACAGAACAUGUCCCUCUCAAAAGACAUUUCAGAGGAGUUAGACCAGAGUUUCAGGCAUUAAAAUAUGACAGUUACUUCGGAACAAGUGGGACAGAAGAGUUGGAGAAAUCAGCUAUGGCAAUAUAUCAACUGUUUGAGAUUUACAGGACUAAGUUAAAGAUUGCGCAGAGAAAUGUGGGUAAUAGAAUAGCCUGGCCGGAACCAGUUAAAACUGGUCAACAUCAGUCCAGAACUUUAGAUAUCAAGAGACGAGGAAAGGAGUCUGUUUAUAUUGAAAUGUCAGAUUCAGAAGAAGAUAUUCUGGAUACAAAAGUAGGUAGAGGCUUUAUAAAGCAGCAGAGGAAGGUAAACAGCAAAGAUGAGUUAGCGGAGAUUAUUAUAGAUAGCGAGAAUAGUAAUGAAUCUCUGACACACGGACGGUCAACGAGAAACCCGGUAAGAUCCAAUACAGCGGAAAAUGACAUUAUGUCAGCUGAAACACAACCAUAUGAUAUAGAUGACAAUGAUGAUGAAGAUUUUGUCAUUGAAGCAAAAACUAGAGCACGAGGUCGGCCUAGAGCUGGCACAAGUAAAGAAAAUUUCACAGGAAAGCAAUAUGUCACCAAUGAAAAGGAAAAUAAAGUACGAUCCACCAGAGGAAGACCUAGUAAAACAUUUAGCUUAAAUAGAGAGAAAGUAGCAUCUAAGAUUUUGGUUGAAGAGACCCAGCAAGAGGAGAUGGACUUGCAGGAAGCAUUGAAAAGGUCUGAACCUGAAACACAAGUAUCUGUUGAGGAAACACAGCCUAGAGAUGAAGACUUUGACUGGUUGAAUGUUGGUAAUAUUGAUGAAAAAGUAGAAUUUGAAAAUGAAUUACACAAAGCUAAUCUUCCAAAGUUUACUAAUCAAAAACCUCACCAGAUAUAUACAAAAUCUCAUCAGAAAGUUGUAUUCCAAGAAAGAAAUAUACAAAAGGACUGUUUAGAAAAUGAACAGAGUACUAAAGAUAAGUUUAAAGACGAUGAAAGGGCAGUGCCAAACAGUGCUAAUGAUAGAAAGCCAAUAGCAAGAGGGAGAAAAAGAAAAGCGAAAAAGCCACCAGUUGUCACUUUGGUAGAGGAUACUCAGGAUCUUGAUGCAGAACAAAGUGGUUGGAAUGUAUCACAGGGUAAAAGAAAGCGAAACUGUUUCAAGUUGGAUAGUGGUUCAGAAGAGGAGAGCAUUCCUGAAUCGCAAGAUUUAGAUAAAUUGUCCGAACAUGGAUUAGAAGAAAAAACGGGACCAAACAGGGAUUCAGGCAGAACAGAUAUUGAUAAUAGCAUUAUAGAUAACAUGAAAUCCACUGUGACUAAUACUAAAGACUUUGUGUCCCCUGAAAAAAAUAAAAUGUCCGAAGAAAAUGAUGAAGAAGGCUCUCAGUCACCUAUUAUUAGUAAAAAGAAAUCCUUCAAUGGUGUUUCAAAGAAAAUAUAUGCCAAGUCUAAUGCCAGAAAUAAUAUAAACUGUGAAGAAGAACCAUUUAAGAGGUAUAAAGCAAAUUCUUCUGAAAAGAAAUUUAAAGAUGCAAAUUCUUCAAAUUUAGCUCGGAAUCGUAGGGAUCAGACAUCAUUUCAAGAUAUUAACCUCCAAGAAGAAACUGCUAUACCUGAAGGAGUAAAGAGAUUUAUACAGCGACCUUCAAGUAAAGAUUCUAAUGUCUCUGAUAAUGUAUCUAUAACCAGUAGCCAGAUGUCCACAAAUAUUUUAGAUGAAGAAGGGGAUUUGUACUCGACACAGUUCUGUGAAAUAAAGGCUAGAAAAGGGAAAGGAUUUCAGUCUAAAGAAAAAUCAAAAUGUGAUAAGGAAGAUUCAGAUGAAGAGAUUCUUUCACUGGAUGUUUCUGAGGAUGACCCCCCAGUCUUAAAAAGAUCAAAGAAAACCAAUGCCAUGAAGGAAUUUAGUAAAAACGUACCUGCAACUAAAGAUUUAAGAACAUCAGUAAAAAGAGACCCAAAAUUUUCUCGGAUGGAGAAUAUUCAGCGUUAUUUUAAUAAAGUGAAACAACCCGGUGAUGUUGAUGUACCUAUUGAGUUAGACAUAGAUUCAGAUGAAGAUUUAGUUGAACCUGAGAGUACACUGAGAAAUAGGAAAAAUAUUACAACCGGCAUUACUGAGCAUCAUGUAGAACCAAGUGGAUUUUCAAAUUCAAAGUCAAAAUAUAGAAAUAUCUUGAACAAAGGGGGUAAACAAAAGAAUUUAAAAUCACCAAAAUCACCUGUUUCUGACAUUGCAACUAAACCAGAAGUAAAAAAUGUAAAGGCUGAUAUUAAUGAUAUGUCAGAUGUCUAUGAUGCAAGUGUUCAAUAUAGAAAUGAUUUAAGUAGAUCAAAACAUCAAGUAGAAGACACUGAUUCAGAUAUGAUUGAUCCACAAGAUGUUCUGAACGAUUUAGAUAAUGUAUCUGGUAAAGAGAGGCACAUAUUUAAUGAAAAUAUUAGCAGAUCAAGAUGUGGAACUAGAAAUAUUGAGACUGAUACUGGAUUGUUUGAGGGAAGACCUUUUAGAAAUAGGAGGAGAAAUGUCUCCGAGACUGUUUCCAGUACAGAACAUGAAGAAAGAAGUAAAGGGUCAACCAGGGCCAGAAUUAGAAACCAAGAUAAUUCUGAGGAAACAGGUCAUGUAAGAAAUGAUGGAAGGAAGAGGGUAAAAGAUCCUAACAUUUCAGAUGAAGACCCAAUAGGAAAGAAGAAGAUAGAGAAAUUAGAGUGUCCUAUGUGCAGCAAAAUGUUUCCUGUCAGUAUCGUAGAGCAACAUGCAGCAACUUGUGAAGGUCUUGUAGAUGAAGAUGAAAUUGAUGGUCCAAUGAAUGAAGAAGAAUAUAUAGCACAUAUCACCGAGCACCAUCCAAAUGUGACAGAGGAGGAACAGACUGAAGCCCUCCCACAAAGACAACUGCCUCACAAACACACUGCCAGGCAAGACAAGCAUUCACCACACCAGCAACACAUGCAUCUACAUGAUCGUGAUCAUGAUCCGAGUCACACUGCAGCUGUACAUACUCGUCAUCCUUGUCCUUCAGAAGCUUUACAUGGACAUGAAUCUGUUGAUGAAGCUGUCGGUCGUUUUGUACAUCAUGAUGAACAUGUGAUAGACGUUGCUAAACAUUUAAGCAGCAGUCCUGGUGAAGAAGGGGAGUUGCAGACUUGUUACAUUUGCGAUGAACAAGUUCUGAAAGGAAAACUAUUUGAAGUUCAUGUUAGUCGAUGUUUAGCUAUAGCUGCUCAACAGCAGGCCGAGGUGGAUGAAAAGGGUUUUAGUAAUGUCUAUGUCGAACCUGAACCGGAAGAAGAGGUUAAAGUUCGAACCUUGAGGGGACGUCAUGUCAGCAAUGACCGGGGUAAUACACCUGGUAGAGGUGGGGCGCCCAGAGGGAGACAGAUGGCAGACGGUUCCCCUGGUGAUAGAAGGCGUCACAAACGAGAAAUAUGUGUCGAGAGUCGAGGUGCCGGAGAUGGUGAGGAAGAGAGUGGACCAAGUUUGCGGACUGAAGCUCGUGAAGUGGGAACAUUUAAACGUGGGUUAACAAAGCGCACAAAUAAGAAGAUGGCACAGAAUGAUGAUGGGUACAAUUCAGGUCAGGUCAUCAUGGAAGACAUUGAGGAUGAUAGUGUGAGUGGGAGUAGUUGGGAAGAAAGCAGCUCCAUAGAUUCUUCAGAUGAUGAUAACAUAACCCUUGCUUCUGUUGUCAAGUCUGGUUCCAAUGCUUUAAUAACUGGGCCAUGGAAUAAAAAUAACCAGUCAAAUAAAAAUUGUGUAAACCAGUCCAGAAAUAGUAACGAUGUUCCUGAUUGGGUAAGAAGCGGUAUAAACUCACCAAUCAAAUCAUUUGUUCCAAUUUCACAACAAGAGGAUUCUGAAUAUUUUCAAAAACAAUUUAGUUACAAAAAAGACAAAGUAGAAAGUAGAAUGAACAAAAGAAAGAGAUCAAGUAAAGGUGGUCAGAAAAGACGAAGAAAAAGACGAAAAGUUCAAAGAACAAAAAAGAAAUGAGGGGAAAAAUGAAAAUUAUGUGCAUGCAAAUGAAUGUUUUGUUACAAAUGAUGUUAUUGUUGAAACAAUUUAAAAGCUCAUUUAUGCCAGUUUCGAGUUUAGUUGAUCCGUUAUGUUGAUAUUUGCUAUUAUAAUCAAUUGUUUCAAGAAGU